AUGAAUUCCCAUUAUGUGCCGCACCUCAUAUACUCGGUAGCCAUCACAUCGAUAUCUAUACAUCUCCUCUCCCGGAGAAAGGAAAUAGAGACACAACGGUCGCGGUUAUCUGCGCAGAUAUCAAUCCUCGAGUCGUUGAAACAAAGACUUCGAAGUAGCGACAGCAUCUCGGACUCGGAGGUAGAAAGGUCAAUGAAACUCGCAAGGGCGCAUGGUGAUGGCUCCAGAGAGGAGGAUACACAAAUUGAGUGGAAGGAGAUAUUCUCGCGGGUCAAGCAAGACGACCGCCAUGGCAUGAACGAAUGGGAUAAAAAGGACCUUGAAAAGCGUACGUCUGUCGUCCUCUUGGUCGGAUGA